AUGAAGCUCUCGACGUUGCAGCAGAGCUACCUCAACAGACGGAGCAACAGCUUCAGAGGAUCAGCGCCGUUGGAUUCGUCGUCAGACGGCGUGAUUAAGUCUCCUGCGACCGUGUUCUGGCUCGUGCUCCAUGGCCUCUGCUGCCUCAUCAGUCUCGUCCUCGGCUUCCGCUUCUCUCGACUUGUUUUCUUCUUCCUCUUCUCCACCUCCUCUUCGAAUCUCUAUCCGGUGCCUUUCCGGUCGGCUUCUGAGCUCGCCGGAACCCUAGACCUCCCCGCCAACCCGAUCACGAACCUCGAGUUCACUCUCAACAGGAAUACAACCACCGCGAGCUCCAGUAGCCGGGUCGUCGUCGGGCGGCACGGGAUCCGAAUCAGACCCUGGCCCCAUCCGAACCCGACCGAGACGAUGAAGGCGCAUCGGAUAAUUGAGACUGUUCAGAAGGAGCAGCGGAGACAGUUCGGAGUCAACAACCCCAAAACGGUCAUAGCCGUCACUCCCACUUACGCUCGGACCUUCCAAGCUCUACAUUUGACUGGCGUAAUGCAUUCGCUUAUGCUGGUCCCGUACGACGUCGUUUGGAUCGUCGUCGAGGCCGGUGGGAUUACCAAUGAGACGGCCUCGAUUGUUUCCAAGUCGGGGCUCCGGAUCAUCCACGUUGGGUUCGAUCGGCGAAUGCCCAAUACUUGGGAAGGUCGUCACCUGUUGGAGGCUCAGAUGCGACUUCAUGCGAUGAGAAUUGUGAGAGAACAGAAGCUGGAUGGGAUUGUGAUGUUUGCGGAUGAUAGUAAUAUGCACAGUAUGGAGCUUUUUGAUGAGAUGCAGAACGUGAAAUGGUUUGGUGCUGUUUCGGUUGGAAUACUUGCUCACUCAGAGAAUGCAUAUGACUUGUCUGACUCCACGAUUCAUAAAAAGGAGGAUGGGGAGAACCCAUCAAUGCCUGUUCAAGGCCCUGCUUGUAACUCCUCCAAUAAGUUGGUUGGUUGGCACACCUUUAAUUCGUUGCCCUAUGUGGGAAAGAGUGCAAAUUACAUUGAUGAUAGAGCACCUGUACUACCCAGGAAGCUGGAGUGGGCUGGGUUUGUGUUGAAUUCCCGGUUGCUUUGGAAUAGAGCUGAAGAUAAACCAGAGUGGGUUAAGGAUCUAGAUAGUAUAGGUGGGGCAGAUGAGGAUAUAGGGAGUCCUCUUUUCUUGUUGAAGGACCUAUCUAUGGUUGAGCCACUUGGAAGUUGUGGGCGCCAAGUAUUGCUCUGGUGGCUCCGCGUUGAAGCCCGUUUCGAUAGUAAAUUUCCUCCCAGAUGGACUAUUGAUCCUCCUUUGGAAAUUACUGUACCAUCGAAACGCACUCCAUGGCCUGAUGCUCCUCCUGAACUCCCAUCUGAUGGAAAAGUAGAAACUGGAGUCGAAGAGCGCAUAGUGAAGCAUUCAACAAAAAUUCGAACAACUAGAGUGAAGAAAAGUUCUCGAAGCAAGAGAAAGCGCGAGACAAAAAUGAUCGACAUGCAGGCUACUGCAAGGCAUACUGAACAAAACUGA